AUGGAUACAACAUCCUCAUUCAUCAAGUCUGUAACCAAGCGAGUGUGGUCCCCGACACAGAGACCUUUCAGAGUGUGCUCUCACAACAGGGACACCAGAAAAGGCGUCACGGCCGGGACACUGGAGGAGCUGAAGGAGAGGGUAUGCCAGGCGUUGCUGCUCUCGCUGUCUGCAGUGUCUCUGUCUCUGGUUUGUGAGGAUGACGGUACAGAAGUCGACUCUGAUGAGUUCCUCAUGACCCUACCCGACAACGUCAUGCUCAUGGCCCUGGAACCUGGACAGACAUGGAGGUCACAACAGGGUGCAGUUGUGCCCAAAGCUCAAGACCACAACAAAUCACGUUCUGGGAGAGACAUAGCCCGCGUCACCUUUGACCUUUACAGGAUGAGCCCCAAAGAUGUGUUUGGCUCAUUGAAUGUGCAGGCCACAUUUCAAGGCCUGUACUCUGUGAGCGCUGACUUUCAGUGUCUUGGGCCCAAGAAAGUUCUCAGAGAAGUGCUGCGUGUGGCCUCCACCCUCCUUCAGGCUGCUGGACACCUGCUUCUCACGUCUGCCGCCAUGAUCCGCCGCAUCAUCGAAGGCGCAGAGCUCUGGCAGCCGCAGAGGGCGGAGUACGCAGCCAGAUGGAACUGA